GCCUCCCAAAGUGCUGGGAUUAUAGGCGUGAGCCACCACGCCCCACCUAGUUCAAAAUUCUUUUAUAGGGUUCGUUGAAGGUCACUAUUCCAAGGUAUGGGCUUUAGGAUCUGGAAGGAAUCUGAUUGAUUAUCCAGUCUGUCUUGAUCAAUUUAUAAAGGAAAUUGAUUUACUGAGGACUGAAGAGGGUUCAUUGAUUUUCCUAAAGCCACACAGCCGGGCCCAGAACUCAGGUGUCCUUGCUUGCUCAUUCCUUUCACUACCUCCGCUGUGCUCUGAAAUCCCACCACUGGUUUUGAGGAAUGAGGAAGAAAGAAAAAGUGAUCUCGAAACAGUUACUGACUAACAGACACUCUCCGUGGGUAGAUGGCUCUCUGCCCUGCUGCCGCCGCCUCAGCAGUCAGACUGCGGGGGCAGGCUUGUAUGGAGAGCCCCGAGGCCCAGGGUAGUUGGUUGGAGGAUGGAACUUAAGGUUUCAGUUGACUCCUGUCUGGCAAUUGCCCUUUUAGGGUCUCCUCUACCUCUGUCACCUGGGAGUAAACCUAAUCUUUAGGGAUCUGAGGGUCAACGUGAUCAACAGAUGAAACCGCCAGUUUACACAGCAGCCCUGGGCCAAACUAGUCCCUUAGAGACCGUCAAUCCAGACAGGAACUAGGGCAGAGCCAAGCUGCUGGGGUCACAGAGCACUGAAGUGGAUACCUCUGCUGAUCUGCCUCCCAAGGCCUAAGGUGGCCACAGUGCUAUGCACAGCCACCUUGCUGCAUCCUGCUGUUGGUAGGCUCUUGUGCUCAGAACCCCAGGAGAAGGGCUAGAUCACACUGAUGAUAAGACUGACAGCUUUUUUUUAAAAAAAACGACUUUCAAGGUUUGGUUAUUUUUAUCUUCAUGACCUCUGAUUUCCCUGUGGAGCAAAUGGUAAAGUAGGGGUGGGUGGAGAGGGACUUUGGCAGACCCUGGCAGACUGUGGACAAGGACAGCCCUGAACAGCUGGCCCUGAGACAUGAACUGGAACAUGGUUGGAGCCAAGGACACAGGACUAACAGGAAAGGACACAGACUGCUGUCAGGACACAUACUACCACACACCCGAGGCCAGGACCCUGCUGACGUGGCAGACCUCCACCCUGGCCCCUUACUGCCCCCCGCCCCUCUCCCCCGCCUGCCAGCUGCCAACAGGGCUCUGCCUUGUGUCUGCCACACCUGUCACUGCCUAUCCUUGUCCAGAGGGGGCCCCAUCAGCCCCUCCUCAGCUGCCCAGCAGAGCAAGCAGUUAGUGGGGAGGGGAGGGAACAUGGAGCGGGGGCCGGUGGUGGGGGCAGGGCCGGGGGCCGGGGCCCGAAUCCAGGCACUGCUGGGCUGCCUGGUCAAGGUGCUGCUCUGGGUGGCCUCUGCCUUGCUGUACUUUGGAAGCGAACAGGCCGCCCGCCUUCUGGGCAGCCCCUGCUUACGGCGCCUCUACCAUGCCUGGCUGGCAGCAGUGGUCAUCUUUGGGCCCCUUCUGCAGUUCCAUGUCAACCCUCGGACUAUCUUCGCCAGCCACGGCAACUUCUUCAACAUAAAAUUUGUGAAUUCAGCCUGGGGCUGGACAUGCACCUUCUUAGGGGGCUUUGUGUUGCUGGUGGUGUUCCUGGCUACACGGCGCGUGGCAGUAACUGCCAGACACCUGAGCCGACUGGUGGUGGGGGCAGCCGUGUGGCGGGGAGCCGGCCGGGCCUUCCUGCUCAUCGAGGACCUGACUGGCUCCUGCUUCGAGCCGCUGCCCCAGGGUCUGCUGCUCCACGAGCUGCCUGACCGCCGCAGCUGCCUGGCGGCCGGCCACCAGUGGCGAGGCUACACCGUCUCCUCCCACACCUUCCUGCUCACCUUUUGCUGCCUGCUCAUGGCAGAGGAAGCAGCUGUGUUUGCCAAGUACCUAGCCCAUGGGCUUCCUGCCGGCGCCCCCCUGCGCCUUGUCUUCCUGCUGAACGUGCUGCUGCUGGGCCUCUGGAACUUCUUGCUGCUCUGUACCGUCAUCUAUUUCCACCAGUACACUCACAAGGUGGUGGGCGCUGCAGUGGGCACCUUCGCCUGGUACCUCACCUAUGGCAGCUGGUAUCAUCAGCCCUGGUCUCCAGGGAGCCCAGGUCAUGGGCUCUUCCCCCGUCCCCACUCCAGCCACAAGCAUAACUGAAAGAAAUAAAAGCCAUCGGGCCUGGC